UGCUUUGCCUUUCGCUGACGGAAGAGGAGGCUCUGUGCAGCGGCUGGGCAUCAUCAUCAUGCCUACAGCUGUGAUCAUGGAGGAAAACUAUGAGAAAUUACUGGAGCAAUGUGAAGCCCAGGAACUCGAGGCACCAGGGGGCAUUGCAACACCUCAAGUCUAUGCUCAGCUGUUGGCUCUAUAUUUACUCCACAAUGACAUGAAUAAUGCAAGGUACCUCUGGAAAAGGAUUCCUCAAGCAAUAAAAUCAGCUAACCCAGAACUGGCGGCCAUCUGGGCAGUGGGCCAGCACAUUUGGCAGAGAGACUUCCCAGGGAUUUACACAGCCAUUGCAGCUCAUCAGUGGUCAGAGAACAUCCUCCCAGUGAUGGAGGCCCUACGAGAAAGCACAAGGCAAAGAGCGUACAGUUUAGUGGCCCAGGCCUACACGUCCAUCUCCGCAGAAGACUUUGCAGCAUUUGUGGGCUACUCUGUGGAAGAGGCAGUAAAAGGUGUUGUUAGCCAGGGCUGGCAGGCUGACCCGGCCACAAGGAUGGUGAUGCCCAAAAAGCCAGAUCCUCCCCCAGUGUCCCUCGUUCCAAAUGAGCAGCAGUUGGCCAGACUCACUGACUACGUGGCUUUCCUGGAGAACUGAUAAACCAUCAAAUCCCCAUAGACCACUGCCACCAUCUUCAGCCCAGUUCGAACUUUUCUCAACCAGGAUUAUUAACCAAAAUUACACCAGUCAGCCUGUCAGUUUUGCAUGUCGGUUGCGAACUCCAAGACCUUCUUUCUCUUGCAAUUGUAAUAUAUUGUUAAUUCACUUUCAGCUUGUUCACGUCUAGAUCUGAGUUUAAAGUACCAAAUGUUUUUAUUGUCCCCAUGAUAAGUAAUACAUACUCUGAUGCUGAGGUUCACUCUUGAGCAAGCACUUAGACGUUGAGUGAAUUUUGUAAAAAAAAUUUCUGAGCCUGCAUGCAUCUGCUAUUGUCAGACCUCAUUUUUGACAUUUCUGUUUUGAAUGAUGAAUAAAUAUUUUGCUGUUUCUAAUAUAUAAA